GCUGAGGAUGCAGCGCUGGAAGGCAGCGGCCUUGGCCUCGGUGCUCUGCAGCUCUGUGCUCUCCAUCUGGAUGUGUCGGGACGGCCUGCUCCUCAGCCAACGCCUCGGACCCGCACUAGCCCCGCUGCGCCGGCCACCUCGCACCCUGGAUGCCCGGAUCGCCCGCCUGGCCCAGUACCGUGCACUGCUGCAGGGCGCCCCGGAUGCCGUGGACCUACGCGAGCUGACUCCCUGGGCCGGGCGGCCCCCGAGUCCGCGCCGUCGGACCGGACCCCGGCGGCGGCGUGCGCGUGCGCGGUCGGGGACGCGGCCGUGCGGGCUGCGCGAGCUCGAGGUGCGCGUGAGCGAGUUGGGCCUGGGCUACGCGUCGGACGAGACGGUGCUGUUCCGCUACUGCGCAGGCGCGUGCGAGGCGGCCGCGCGCGUCUACGACCUGGGCCUGCGGCGCCUGCGCCAGCGGCGGCGCGUGCGGCGGGAGAGGGUUCGCGCGCAGCCCUGCUGCCGCCCGACGGCCUACGAGGACGAAGUGUCCUUCCUGGACGCGCACAGCCGCUAUCACACGGUGUACGAGCUGUCGGCGCGCGAGUGCGCCUGCGUGUGACCCUACCUCACCGGCCCUGGCCAGACGGCGGCCACUUCCCGUGCUCGGAUG